GACUUUCUCACUUGACUGCCCUGGGGUUUAAUACAGUUCCCCAAUAAUGGGGGCGGGGGCAGUUAUUUGCAAGACUUGCUUUUUAUUUGAAAUUACCAUGGCCGAAGAUUUGCCACAGAGAUGCCAUGUUGCCUGAACUCCACAACAUCAGUGCAGGGUGGUGUGGUGUGACACAGCAGUGAGAGUUACUGAGAAAACAUGCUGAGGGCUCCCAAAUUUGGCGUUUGAUAUUUCACCAUUCUCCAUCUACAUAAUGGUGAUACUGACUUCGCUCCCUAAGCCUGUAUUAGAGUUAUGGAUGGAACCUAUCAGAGAAAGGACAGAUUGCUGGUGUUUGUAAAGUACUUUGUGAUUCAUGCUGCUGCAGUAUGAGUAACAAACAUGGUCCUGUGAUUUAAUCUUGAACUACCCCAUUACUCUUGAGCCUCCUCCAAAUAAACAUAUAUGAAACUGUUCAAAAUGCAGCUUUGUCUGUGAGGCUGAGCAGGUUAAAAACUGUUUGUUUGUCUCUCCCUAAUUACACAGUAAGUAGCACGGAAAAUGCAGAACUCCCUGCUGGGAUUUAUCUGUCCCACCGGUAAAUAUCUCAAUGUCUCUACAGUGCUGAGUCCCUUUGUGGAAACCUGCGGGAGGCGGGUGAGUAUUUGGGUUCAGGCAGCAAUUUGUUGCUCUGUGAUAAAGCCUUUUAUGCCAUCACUCCUCCUGGGUAGCAACCACAAGCCUUUAACAGCCCCUGGUUAUUGGAGCUGGCAGGGACGUACCUGUCCCUCACAUCGCCUUGGCCUGGGACCCGUGUGCCCUGUCGCGGUGUUCUGCACGGCAGAAUGAAGCUUUAGCUAAAGCAGCACCCAUGGAGGCAGCUGGGAGGGAGGAGGUGGAAUGAAGGAAGGAAAAUAUGAAAAAACAAACAAACCAACCAAACAAAACCAAACAACCAGGAGAUCUCUCCCAGCACGCAGGUUACUGUGAGCCACACGUAUUUGCAGGGUUUCAAGUGCCGCAGCACAAGUGCCAUUUGCCCCAGGAACGUUUCUGAAGGGUCUUUAUUAGGUGAGGGAAAUUGGCUUAAUCUGUGCCGCAGGGCUUUUAAAGGAAUCCUUUUUCCCAGGUGUUAGGGAAAAGAAACGGAGCCGAGUGAUGCAGAGGGGCUGUGCGAGCUGCAGCCUUUGCAGGGCGUGGAAUGGACAUGGCUGGAGCAUCGCGUUUGGGGGGGGUGUCAAACACUGCGGCACUGCCUCAGUGUUUCACUCUGAAAUCGGAUGUUUCUUGCCCGUGGCAAACACCUGUGGCCUCCCGUAAUGCUGACAAGCAGUGAAGUGCAGAAAAAGCCUCCUUAGAGCUACAAGGCUGGUGCGAGUGGCCUCAUAUCCCCACUGCAAAUGUUUCAGGAAGGUUUAUUUCAGACCAGCUUUCGCCUGGUCUCCCGGGCUGGACACCCUUUGGACACCGCGGAGUCUCAGGUGCGCAGCUCAGCAGCCGUCCCGUUCAGCGUGAUCCGGGGGGAUCCGAUCUGCACGCUCCAGACCUGCUCCACCAGGUAGGACAGAGCACUUCAAGUGGAAGCUGGGCAGAUAUUUCCUUCAAAAGUGCUCUCCUGAACCAGCCCAAGCCGCUGCCACAGGGCGGGCUGGCUGUGCGGUGAAGCUGAGCCUCUGGACUGCACCUCACACCAGUCUCUGUUUGCCACCCCCAGGCUGAGGGUGUCUGAUGAUUUUUUAUAGGAUUCAAGAGCCCUUAGUGCGGGCAAGAAACAAGAAGGUUUUAAUGUCUCUGAACUCCACCACCCUCUCCCACCCUCCCUAUUUCCUACUCAUCGGCAUCCCUGGGCUGCAGAAGGAGCAGUUCUGGAUUGCAUUCCCCUUCUGCAUGAUGUAUGCCAUUGCUGUGCUGGGGAACAUCACCCUUCUCCUCACUAUAAAGGCAGAGCCGAGCCUGCAUGAGCCCAUGUACUUCUUCCUGGCCAUGCUGGCCUCCACCGACCUGGUCCUGUCAACAUCUGUGGCACCCAAAAUGCUUGGCAUCUUCUGGCUGGGUUUAAGGGAGAUUGAGUUUCAAUCCUGCCUUACUCAGUUGUUCUUCACCCAUACCUUCUCGACAGUGGAGUCGGGCGUGCUCAUGGCUAUGGCCUUGGAUCGCUACUUUGCUAUUUGUUGGCCACUGCGGCACUCCAGCAUCCUCUCUGUGCCGGUGGUUGUGGCCCUCGGGAGCCUGGUGCUGAUGCGCGGGGUCUUCCUGGUGAGCCCUGCCUGCUUCCUCCUCCACAGGAUGCCCUUCUGCCACCAUCGCAUCAUCUCCCACUCCUACUGCGACCACAUGGCAGUGGUGAAGCUGGCAUGUGGGGACACCAGACUUAAUGCCAUUUAUGGCCUCCUUGUGGCUUUCAUGGUGAUAGGAUGUGACAUCAUCCUGAUCUCUGCGUCCUACAUCAUGAUCCUGCGGGUGAUCCUGAGGUUGCCAUCCACAGAGGCACGUCUCAAGGCCUUCAGCACUUGUGCAUCCCAUGUCUGUGUCAUCCUUGGCUUUUAUGUCCCUGCCGUCUUCACAACCCUCACCCACCGUUUUGGGCAGAGCAUCCCUCCCCACAUCCAUAUAAUGGUGGCCAAUGCCUACCUGCUAGUGCCCCCCAUGUUAAACCCCAUUGUUUAUGGGGUGAGGACCAAGAAGCUCCGGGACAGGGUGGUCCUCCUCUUCCAGCAGAAGGGAAACUGACCCAUCUGUAUGUGCCUCAAACUGUGUUCAUAAUUUACUGAUGAUUCUGGUAAACUUAAUGAGAGUUAACACUGUGACUAUUUAUUCCUCAACGCUUGGACUUUAAGCAAUGAAUUAUUGUAGAAAUCACAUGAUUGUCUUUUCUGUUAUCUCUGUCCAGGUGGUUGCAUUCAUUAUGUGAUGAAACUUGGCAUAAAGACAUUCAGUCUGGCUUCUACACCACUGGGAGAUGGAGAGUUCACCCCUCCCAGAAGCUGUUAGAUUCCUCAUGGUUAAAAUUAUUUCACUAUUUAAAAAAUAUCUUCUCAUAAUUAAAACAAAGGUCUUCCUGCAGUGGCUCUUAUUAUAUGAAGAGUGUUACCUGGACUGUGCGAUGAGAAGGUGCUUGGAUGCGAAUGGUGACUGUCCUUGUAGAAGGAAAUGGGCAGAAUUCAGUUUUAAGCAUUAUCUUGUUUUAUUUUUGUAAAGAAGGCAAAACCUAUGAUAAUACUAUCACAGCAAUUCCAAAAGCCCUAUGUAAACAUAAACCCUUUCAAAAAUAUCAGAAAUCCUCACUGAUGAAAUAAUAUCAGAAAAAAAUAUUAAAAAAAAAUCAGAAAUUCUCACUUAUUUGGGUGACCUGUCACAGGGAGAUCGUUGCUAACAGGACUGCACUAUAUUAACAUGUCAACUAUCCCAAUAAACAGGCAAAGAUGUCUUAUAACACAAAAUCACAACUCCAUACCCGGAAAAGGUAGGAAGCAGGAUGAGGUGACGGUCACACGACCGAAAUUCAAGUUGCACAUCU